AUGACGGGUAUCACAACUGCAAUCGUUGGCCCUAAACAGAGAGAUCCGAUCAAAACUACACCACUGCCCAAGCGCCCUUGGGAUGAGCUAUCUGCGGACUUCGCAGGUCCCUUCCCUUCUGGAGAACUUCUCCUCAUAGUAAUCGACGAUUACAGCAGAUUUCCUGAGGUUCAAAUUGUCAACUCAACCUCUGCUCGCACAGCCAUCCCAAAACUGAUGGAGAUGUUUUCACGAUUUGGCACACCAAGUGUGUUGAAGACUGACAACGGUGCGCCAUUCAACUCUGGUGAGUUUGCAGCCUUCGCAAAGAAACUAGGCUUCAAACACCGGAAGAUUACUCCACUAUGGCCUGAAGCGAACGGAGAGGCUGAAAGGUUCGUACGAACCUUGAACAAGUUUGUUCAUGCAUGUCAAGCAGAACAUUCUGAUUGGAAAGUAGAGUUGCAGAACUUCUUCUGCCAAUACAGAGCCGCACCGCACACUUCAACGAAAAUUUCACCGCAUAAGGCUCUCACCAGCAGGUAG